AUGGACGAUCUUCGUCGAUCCGUUACCGUGUCCGCCGUUGAUAGAAGCUCGUUGCGCCGGCAGCACAAGGAGAUGGGCACCCUCCGCGCGACUGCCGAGGUUGCGAACAAGAAGGCGGGCGCGCAUGGCGGCAGGAGCAGCGCCUUCACCGGCGUCGGUAGCGGAUUGGAUGCACAGGGUGCUCAACCUAACCCGGGAAACGCGGGCGGGCUUGCACGGACGCGAUCCGGCGGAAGCGCGACAUCGGUGGUGUCGCGACCUCCCGCCCCCGCGUCGGCCGCUAAAGUCGCCUUCUUCUCGUUCAAUAAACACCGCGAGGCCGUCGCGGGCGCGGAACAAGCGGAGCAGCUGACGCUUUCCGCGGAUGAGCAGAGGGCGCGCGGACAAACGGGAGAAGCCGUCGUGCGGAGAGGCUAUGGGCGGCGGGCGCAGAGCAUUGGCGGAAUGGCUGGGGAGCUGCGCGGAAGAGGAGGCAUUCCGGAUGGCGGGAGGGCCGCAUUGGGAGGCCCGGUUCGGGCCAGCUUGGGAAGGAGUCGCAGUGUGGGCAACGCUCAGAGCGACGCGGGCAGCCAUGGUCUCUCGCCGUUGCACCCGUCCGCCUCGCGCCUCUCCGCCGACCCCGACCGCCCCGCCUCCCCCCAGCUCAUGCGCCGCCCCCGCGGCCACUCCGCCUCGAUGCUGCCCCCCACAAUGCGCACCUCCACGCCUCCCCGCGCGCCCGACCCAGGCGAGCGCCCAGGCUCGUCCCUGUCCGAACGAGGGAGUGGUCCGACUGGGCGGCGUAAGAGUGGCGUGUCUCGGAGAAAGGAAGGGGGGGGAUCAGUAGGAGGCUCGGAAAGAACGGGGUCGCCCCUUUCACGAGGAGCUUAUAGCGGGUACGCAACUGAGGAUGGGCCAGGGAGUGUUGCAAGCGCGGGGCUCGUGGGUGGUACGGGGGAAGGCGAAUACGAGCAGUACCAGCAGCGGGGGAGCAGAGGGCGCGGGAUGGGCGCAGGGGGAGGGACGCAAGGGGGAAGGCAUGGGCGGCAGAAAUCAAGCAGCAGCAGUGGAGGGGGUGAGGGGGAGGGCGUGCGAGGGGGGAUGGGCGGAGGUGGGCGCGUAGAGGGGGGAGCGAGUGCGGGGAGAAUGGGGAGGGGAAGCGUGGCAGUGAGGGGAGUUGCGGGUGGGGGGGUGGCUGCGAGUGGCGGGAGAGGAGCGGCGGGCGGGCAUGUGUACGGGUAUGGCAGAGGAGGGGCGGCGAUCGAAGGGGGGGAGGAUGAGGGGUAUGGGGAGGGAGGGGUGUGGGAGGAGGAAUUUGAUAGUGGGGAGGGGGUGGGGGGGCUGGUGGGUGCUGAGGAGCAGCAGCAGCCGCAGUGGCAGGGGCAGGGGCAGGGGCAGGGGCAGGGGCAGCAGCAGUGGCAGGGGCAGCACAUGCAGGCGCCGCAAGGGCAUGCGGAUGGGUAUGCAAGUGGAUACGUGGAUGGUGAAGGGAUGUUGCAAGGGGAGGAGGAGCAGGAGGGAGGCGACGCUUGGUAUGAGGGAGGGAGAGGGGGGGAUCCUGGGGCGUACGAGCAGCAAGGGGCGUGCGGUGAGGGCGCGUACGAGGAGGGCGUGUAUGGGGGCGACCAGGGCUAUGAUGAGCAGGUUGGGGGGACGCAGGGCUAUGGCAGGCAGGCAGGGUAUGAAGCAGGGUACGGCGAGGCAGGGCGUGCGGAGCAGGGGUAUGGGCGGCAGGGGAAGCGGGGCGGAGGGCACAGCGAGUACAGCGAGACAGGGUAUGGGGAGCAGGACCAUGAGCCGCAGGGGUAUCAUGACACAGGGUAUAAUGAUCAGGGGUAUAGCGAAGAAGUGUAUACUGAGUAG